AAGGCCAAGGAACCAAAGCACAAAAGAAUUGGAAAAGAGAAACAGUAGAGCAAGCUUUUCUAAAGGAAUAGUGAAUAGCUUCAUCAUGAACUCCACUAAAAUUUACAGCUCAUUCAGAAUGUCAAAAUAGUGGAAAGUUGAAAAAGGUGAAUAUUUUGUACAUGUGCAGGUCGCGCUCUCUGUACAGCUAACUGCUGACAACACUGUAAAGGAGGCUGUCCAGUUUCAUUGAGAAUACAGCAGCUUGAGACGAGGUGAAAAGUUCCCACCUUUAUAUACCAUUUUAUACAGUUCUAUAUUUGUAGUUGAAUUUGGUCUUUUCCUAUGAUAAAAGUGUGCAUCUUUCUGUAUUUUGUCUUUGAUCUGGUAUUGCACCCAAAGUAUUUGACACAGAGCCUCUAUGAAACUUGGUGUUGGCUGAUAUUUUCAAAUAAUGAUGUUUAUGUAAAAUAGACUACUCUAUGAUAUUUUCACAUAAACUUGUUAUCCCUAGAAAUUGACAUGAUUCACGGACCAAACAGAAUCACUAGUAGUUUAAUUUUUUCAUAUUAUUCAGUGAUAAACUUUCCUCCAAAUCAUUAUAGGAAGACUGCAGGUCACAGAUAAAUGACCUUUGCGUUUCAAACAGCAUUGCAAAAUAAGCACUUUGUGUGGGGCAUGUUACCCCAUUUCAGUUUUCUAUUCUGUCUUCACCUGUUAAAACCAUGGUUGGGGAUUAAAGGAUUAGAGACAUUAGACUAUUAGUCUGUGCUAACUGCUAAGGGACUUGAGAAGUUCUGCUUAUCAGUUAAUCACAUGCACUUGCAACUGAAAAUUCUUUUCAUUGGGGUGUAUUUUGAUGAAAUGUACCUUUUUUCUUUUUCAUGUAUGCUAUCAAUUGAGUUGCCAUGUUUGAUGAUGGGGUUUAUGUAUUAUGCAACACAUAAUAGCUUUGAUACAAAGAAGGAUACAAUUUGGAUACUGAAAGUGAAUUUUGGGUCUUUGAGGCCACCCUCCUAAUAUGAUCCUCUUCAAGCGGCUGAUGCCCACCAAACAAGGGCUUGGCAAUGCCAUCAGGCACCUUAGAGGAUCUUCCUUCUGCUUUCUCCAUUCAGCCCCAGAUGGAUAUGUGGAACUUCAUUCUGAAGAGCAGGAAGUAGUAAUUGCUCUGGGAAGCAAUGUGGGUAAUAGACUCCAUAAUUUUAAUCAAGCCUUGCAGUUGAUGAAGAAAUCUGGCAUUAACAUUAAUAGACAUGGUUGCUUGUAUGAGACAGCACCUGCCUAUGUUACUGAUCAGCCUCAUUUUCUUAACUCUGCUGUUAGAGCUGUUACAAAACUUGGGCCACAUGAGUUGUUGCGAGUGCUUAAGACGAUUGAGAAGGACAUGGGUCGUACUGAUGGGAUAAGGUAUGGGCCAAGGCCCAUUGAUUUGGAUAUAUUGUUCUAUGGGAAGUUCAGGAUUCAUUCUGACACACUUGCAGUCCCUCAUGAGAGAAUAUGGGAAAGACCAUUUGUAAUGGCCCCAUUAAUGGAUUUGCUGGGAUCAGAUAUUGAGAAUGAUACAGUAGCUUGCUGGCAUUCUUUGUCAAUACAUUCUGGUGGACUUUUUGAAUCAUGGGAGAACUUGGGUGGUGAAAACCUCAUUGGGAAGGAUGGCAUGAAAAGAGUGAUACCAGCUGGAAAUCAACUGUUGGAUUGGUCGCAGAGAACUUCUGUGAUGGGCAUUAUUAAUUUGACACCAGAUAGUUUUAGUGAUGGAGGAAAGUUCCAGUCUAUCAAUUCUGUUGUUUCCCAGGUCCACUUGAUGAUUUCAGAAGGGGCAGAUAUUCUUGAUUUUGGUGCUCAAUCAACAAGGCCGAUGGCCUCUAGGAUUUCCCCUCAGGAGGAAUUAGAUAGACUAAUGCCCAUCUUGGAAGCUGUUGUAAAGAUACCUGAGAUGAAUGGAAAGCUCAUAUCUGUGGACACCUUUUACUCAGAAGUUGCUUUAGAAGCAGUCAAAAAGGGAGCUCAACUUGUGAAUGAUGUAUCUGGUGGGCAGUUGGAUCCUAACAUGACUAAGGUUGUUGCUGGUCUUGAGGUUCCUUAUGUUGCAAUGCAUAUGAGAGGAGACCCAACUACAAUGCAGAAUAGUGAGAACCUGCAGUAUCACGAUGUUUGCAAGCAAGUUGCCUCUGAGUUGUACUCGCAGAUUAAAGAAGCAGAAUUAUCAGGAAUCCCAGCUUGGAGGAUUAUUGUUGACCCUGGACUUGGCUUUUCGAAGAACAAAGAGCAUAAUGUGGAAAUCCUCACGGGAUUACCAGCUAUUCGAGCAGAGAUUGCAAAGAAAAGCUUGGCCAUUUCUCAUGCUCCUAUACUUAUAGGACCUUCCAGAAAGAGAUUCUUGGGUGAUAUUUGCAAUCGCCCAGCAGCAAUGGAAAGAGAUCCUGCAACCAUUGCUUCAAUCACUGCUGGGAUUCUUGGAGGUGCAAAUAUUGUGAGAGUACAUAAUGUUAGAGAUAAUCUAGAUGCUGUGAAGCUAUGUGAUGCAAUGAAACACAAGAGAUCUCCUUCAAAAUUAACAGAAAAACUAUAUUAGUUCUUUCUUUUUUCUGGAGACAUUGCUCUUCAUUCUAUUUUAUUGUAUGCAUCAAUCUUAUAAGAUAGAAAACCGCGAAAAUAGGAUUUGAGACUCCUUUUUGCCUCAAUCAUCAUGGAGAUAAUACUACUCCCAUUUUAUACUUAUGUUUCAGGUUAUGCAAUCAAUGGCAAUGUUUGAGUUUCUGCGUUCC